CAGACGGACGACAGUUUGCCAAUUCGUCGCGAAGCUAAAUGUACGUUCUGGAUUUUGCUUCAUGGACCGUGGUCUAUUGAUGGGCCGCAGCUGUGAGCACUAGAAAACUGAGUCAGCUUUGUUCUGCAGUUAGUUGGAUUACCCUUCCAAUGGUCGGUGACUCCGGUUAGAAAACGUAGACAUACAAGUGCAUCUUCAUCGGAAUAGAAUAACCUUGUGAGGAAGCGAUUGAAACGCGGUCCAGUCGCCACGGUUGUUGCUAUGACAUUCGAUACCGUCAGUCAGUCCAUGGAACGAACCAAUGGCAAAGCAAUGGAACAACGGGAAGAUGGUCAAACAACGACAGUGAGCGAGCAUCAGAACAGCAACAACACAGCUGAUAAUGCACAUAACAGUAAUAGCAACAACACGACUGCGGCGCUCAUUAGCAGUUUCCCCGUGGAAAAGCUUGCUUCGUUGAAUGCCAAAAUUUCCAACUCGCGCUGGGUCGUCCCGGUGUUACCGUCGCAGGAGCUCGAUUGUUUGCUGGAUGCGGCCAUACAACUAUCGAUCGCGGGGGUAGAUGGAGACUGUGAACCAUGCGUUCGAUUCUAUCAGAAUGAGCUGGCGACCUCGUUCAUCAACAUACUCACGGAUGAAGCUGUCAUGUCGUGGAAGAACAACAUCCACGUAUGCAUCUUCAAGUCGUGCUGCAAAUUUCUACGCUUGGCAUCGCUGCACAUGGAGCGCGACAAUCAGUCACUGUUGGAGCUGCUGGCGAUCGUGUUCGAUCCGGAGAACAAGUUUCACGUGCACAACAUUGCUCGCCAGCCGGAAAACAUGGUUACACCGCCUCCACCGCCACCGCCGCCUGCAGUGCAGUCCACGUUGGCCAACCCAACCGCCACCUCCUCGUCGUCAUCCUCAUCGUCGUCUUCGUCGUCCUUGCCGGACAGCACCGAAAGUAGCAGUACCACCACUAGCAGCAGCAAUGCGCCCGCAUUAUCCACGGCAAAGCAACCACAGCAGCAGCAGCAACUGCAGGACAUCGCAGCAGCCAUUGUGUGCUUCGCAAAGCCACCGCUAGAGACGAAAAACCCGCGCGGUUGGCUACUCAAUUUUAUCAAUCAGUUUGGUGUCCAUCAGGGCUUUGAUAACUUCCUCAAACGGAUGACAAUGGCCAUCGAGCAGCAUCAGCAGCAUCAUUGCGAGCAGGACCUACAAUCCGGCGGUGGUGGUGGGCCGGGCGAAAAACAGAAGCCCAAAGGGAAGAUGUCCCUACACCUGCUGUUCGCACUGCUGCGUCCGUUCGGGCUGUGUGCAGAGUAUCUAACCGUCGAAACGAUCGAGCGGUAUCUGCUGCCCGGAUGCCGGUUCGUGCUGACCGUACUCGAGAGCCUCACGGACGCCGAGCUCAAGCGGGAGGUAGUGUUCGAGGGGAAGAACGACUUUAUGACCGGAAUCGUGAAGUUUGCCCGUGCCUUGCUGACGCGCGUCCCUGGGCAAGAGAGUUUGCUGAACGAGCUGGAGAUGGCGCGGUUGAAAAUCAUCCUGCACGUGCUGCAGAUAUCGAGCUUUAAUGGCAAAAUGAACGCACUGAACGAGAUCAACCGGGUGCUGAGCUAUGUGUCCAUCUACCCACACCGCGGGUUGAUCGCCGAGGAGGACGGCGAUUUUCUGAGCGCCAACAAGAUGGCCCUGUGGAUUCGCAGCAAUCGGGUGCUCGGGAUCGUGCUGCGCGACUCCCUCCACCAGUCGCAGUACGUGGAAAAGCUGGAGAAGAUAUUGCGGUUUCUGAUCAAGGAGCGGGCGCUUACGUUCGACGACCUGGACGCGGUGUGGAACGCGCAGGAGGGCAAGCACGAAGCGAUCGCGAAAAAUGUGCACGACCUGCUUGCCAAGCUGGCCUGGGACUUCAGUGCCGACCAGCUGGACUACCUGUUUCGGUGCUUUCAGACCAGCAUGCAGAAGUCUGGCAGUCGGAAGCAGCGCGAGAGGCUGCUGGAGCUGAACCGGCGCCUGGCCGAGGAUGACAAAAACGGCAUGAUGGCGCAGAAGGUGUUGAACAUGUUCUGGAACCUGGCGCACAGUGCCGAUACGCCGCUGGAGGUGCUGGAGCAGGCGCUGCAGUCUCACGUCAAGAUUCUGGACUACAGCUGCUCGCAGGAACGCGAUGCACAGAAAGGCAUUUGGCUGGUGAAGUGCGUCGAGGAACUCAAGGGUCGGGAUGAGUGGGUGUUGCCCGCGCUGCGGCUCAUACGGGACAUCUGCUCGCUGUACGACACGACGCCAAACCAUACGCCGCGCAUGCACCACUCGAUGAACCGGCAGAAAAUCAUCGAUCAGCUGCAGAACGAGCACAAGCUGGUAAUUCUCGUAACGAACAGCCUCACCUGCUACAUGAAUCGCGUGCGGGCGCUGGUUGCGGCCGAUCCCUCGCUGAAACCGGCCAAGCUUAGGCUGGACAAUCGUUACCCCCAUCCGCAGCAGAUACAAGAGAGGCUAGAUUUCCUCAAGUUCCUGCUCAAGGAUGGCCAUCUGUGGCUGUGUGCGGACCAGGCGAAGCAGAUCUGGAACUCGCUAGCCGUGAAUGCCGCCUUCGAGAGCGAUCGAGAGGAGUGCUUUCGCUGGUUCAGCAAGCUCAUGGGCGAAAACCCGGAUCUCGACCCCGGCAUCAAUCGGGACUUCUUCGAGAACAACCUGCUGAAGCUGGACCCGCUGCUGCUGACCGAGAACGGUAUCAAGUGCUUCGAUCGGUUCUUUCGGGCGGUCAACACGAAGGAGGAACGGAUUGUGUCGGCGAAGCACCACCACCACCACCACCAUCACCACCAUCGAAGCACCUCGUACGUUCUGUACAACAACGGCGAGGAGCUGAUUGGUAAGGACUAUCUGUGGCGCGUGAUUACGUCCGCUCCGGAGCCGAUCGCAAGCCGUGCGAUUGCCAUACUGAACGAGAUGAUGACGGUCGGUCCCCGGCAGCUGGCGGACGUGGAAGCGUACCACGAAAGCUUCAUCGAGGAGUGCUGCGAGAAGCUGCGUGCCACCUUUCAGAGCAUGGAACUGCUGCUGCGAGAGUUUCCUUCUUCGCCAAAGGCGACAGAACCGGAGACUGCCGCUAGCGAGUCGCCGAAAACCGCCACGACGGGCUGUGGAACCACGGGAGAAGGAGAAGGAGGUGGACUGCACAGUGAUAUCGAACGGAAGAAGCUGCUCCUCGUGGACCAGAUGUGUCGGAUGGUGCGAACACUGCAGGAGUACAUUCGCGAGUGCGAUCGGAAGUUCGUCGGCGAUCGGCUAGCGCUGCCUCUGUGCCAUGCCGUUCGUGGACGACACAUCGAGCUGAUAAUCAAAUUUCAAACGCCCGGUCGCCAGCUGGACGACGUCGAGAUGAUCAGCCACAGCAACGAAACGAUGCACUCAUUCAAGCGCAGUCUGCUGCGGCGCAUCAAGGCACUGAAGGCGAACGAGAUCCGCGUCGAUUUAUACGAUAACGCGACGGGUGAGCUGAUCGUAGCGCCCGACGAACUGCAGACGCUCGCGUUCUAUGGCGUGCGGGACAAGAUGUCGCUCAGUGCAAAGCUGACACCGAUUUCGUCCGGUUUAAUGGCGACCGGUUCACCGGACAGCUCGAGCGAAAGUAGCUCUGGCUCGCCACCGCGCGCCAACUACGUCGACCCGAUCAAGCAACACUACCAUCACCAUCAGCAGUCGCAGCCGCAGCAGCACCAUCAAUUCCAGGCACAGCAGCAGUCAAUGAUGCACCAGCAUCCGGGUUUCAUGCACGGCCAGCAACAACAGCAACAGCAGCAACAACAGCAGCAGCAGCAGCAGCAGCAGCAUUUGGCACAGGGUGGUGGCAUGCUUGGCCAGGGCUACCAUUCGCGUCUCUUUUUGCAUCAGACCGCGGAAUCGGAGGACACGCUGCCCGGCGCGGUGAUUGCGCGUCGGCCGCAGUAUACCAAAUUCUUCCUGCAGGUCUAUCAACUCGCAAACGCGCUCGAGCACGAACGGUUACGCGACAGUGUGCGCUCCCUGCUACACCUGCUGCCGCUCGAUCGUCUGACGGUGAGCAAUCUGUACGAGUUGUUUCGCACGUCGCAGGCGGCGAUGGACGACGCGCGGAAAGCGCUGCUCGUGGAAGGAAGGGUGGAGGCGACACCACCGGGAGUGACAGUUCCGCCUCCAGCAUCGUCCUUGCCGGAAGAGGCGAGUACCACCAAGGCUGUGAUGUUUGCUACCAUCGCCAGUACGUGGGAAGCUUUCAAGUCGCUCUUCCUCGACCCACCACCCGUUCGCGUACUCUACAAUCUGGAGGUGCUGGAGGCGAUGUUGCUGCCGGCGAGUGUCGGCCCUCCGCCUACUCCCAUUCACCCGAUGGCGAACGUCGCGGUGCCGCCAACGGUUACCGCCGGAAAUGGUGGCAGUAUAAAGGGAGAUGGUUUGAUGCUGGGGCAUGACGCUGCUGGUGACCACAGUGCGACAUUGUUAGGUACCGUGCUCGAGUUCCAAUACGCCUGGUACAGCUGUGGGGCGGCCGAUUUCAUGCUGGCGCUGCUGUCGGAGAAAUGCGCCCUGGCGAGCGCUCCCGGCGCCGAUCGGCACACGAAGCGGGCCACCUUCCGGUGCGCCAUGCGGUUGGCAAAGUUUUUCUUCCUCACCGUCGGCUACCUGGUGCCGCCGCCCACCUUCUACGAUCAGAUGCUGCAGUUCGAUCAGUUUCAGGCCCAACUGCGCCGGUUCACUCCACUGCACAACGUCCUGCGGGGUGGGCUGCGCUGCGAGCAUACGCUGCACGGGUUCGCGAAGCGACUGGCCGCGUACAUCCUUGAGGUGGAGAACCGGCCCGGUGCCAUUGAGACGGACUUUGUAACCCAGCUUUACCGGGGCGAGUGGACCUACCCGUCGCAGGGGACCGUAAAGGCGAUCAUGGAGGUGGCGCUCAGGGCAUCGGUAAGCUGGGAACCGGUAUCGUGGGACGCCCUGCGGGAACGUAUCUUCAUUGCGCGUGAUGGCGCCGGUGAGCAACAACCGGCCUCGGCCACGCUCACUUCCAAAUCAGCGGAGAUGGGCGGCAAGGAUGUGUCAGCGGACACUACCACGGCGGAGGAGGUCAGUGAUGGAAGCAAGCGCCGAAAUAGCACCAGCAGCGUCGCAAGCAACAGUAGCAGUAGCAGCAGCACCGAUGGCGACACUAGCACCAGCGGCAAUAGCUGCUGUAACAGCAGUAGCAGCAAUUCGGCCGGUCCGGCGGGAACUUCCGAUGCGCAACAGCAGCUCCACCAACAGCAGCACCACCAGCAGCAACAGCAGCAACAGCAGCAUCACCACCAGCAACAGCAGCAGCAGCAGCUUGUGGCCGUCGUAGAUCGCAGCGUAGACUACGAGGUGCUGCAGGUGGCGCUGGAAGUUCUCACACUUGCGUUCGCGCUGCACCCAGACGUUGUGAAGGCGCUGCAAAACGAAGACUGUCUCUGGGACAGCUUUCUGGGCUCGCUGUUGGUGGGGAAUCCGUCGGCCAAGAUGCGCAUGAUCGCACGCGAGCAGCUGCUGGCCAUGCUAACGGUCGAGGUGUCCGAGGAUCUGCUGCAGGCGGUCGUGCGGGUGCUGUAUCGCAUCUGGCGCGACGUUAACCAUCGCACCGAGACGUGCUCGGACUAUUUGCAGCUAUUUGCGCAGCUGCUGCAGUACAAAGGCCGCCACGAUGCGCUCGUGCUCAACACCGAGGAGCUGCUGAGCAAGGAAAUCAAGUGGCUUUACUGGGUGCGGGACAAUGUGGCCGAGCAUGGCAAAACGCUGGUGCACGAGGACAUCCUGGAAGGGCACCUGUGUCUCACCCGGGCUCUGGUGUACCAUAUGAAGCCGGACGAUAAGCGUUGUCUGAAUACGCUUUUGGUGGAUUUAGUCCAGGAGUUCGUGUUCAACGCGUCGUUCCAGUACAUCCAUUAUCGAUGCCGGAAAGAGAUAAACUUUCCCCUGCCACCACCAGUGUGCCGUACGCCGCGCACCAUUUCAGCUGCGCUCGAUCUGCUGGUGGCACUGUGCCACAAUUCCAUCGAGCUCAUGUCCACCAUUGCGAUGCUGCUGAACGAUAUGUUUUUCGAGGAUAUUGAACCGGUGCGCGACUGGGAGUAUCUGCCACCCGACUCACCCCGCGCACCGCAUGGGUUCUGUGGCUUAAAAAAUGCCGGCGCCACGUGCUACAUGAACUCUGUCCUGCAGCAGCUCUACAUGGUCCCAGCGCUGCGGAACGGUAUCGUGCGUAUUCACCAGGCGGUGACCGAUCAGAGGGAAGAUUUCAACGAAGACCCAGAUGGACAUUCUUUGCCCGCCGUGCAGAAGGAUGGAGACGAUGGAGGAAAGAACUAUCACAUCGGCAUACUGAAGUAUGUGAUGGUAAUCUUUUGCUAUCUUGGUCAUAGCGCAUUACAGUAUUAUGUACCUCGUGGUCUCUGGAGACAUUUCAAGUUACAAGGGGAGCCAGUGAAUCUACGCGAGCAGCAGGAUGCGGUGGAAUUUUUUAUGUCACUUUUUGAAAGCAUUGACGAAGGCCUGAAAGCCCUGAACUGCGAGCAGCUGAUGUCUGCGACGUUGGGUGGAUGUUUUAGCGAUCAGAAAAUAUGCCAAGACUGCCCGCACCGGUACAGCAAGGAUGAACCAUUUAGUGUACUUAGUGUCGAUAUAAGAAACCAUAGCUCGCUGACGGACUCGCUGGAGCAGUACGUUCGGGGCGAAAUACUGGAAGGUGCCGAUGCGUACCACUGUGAUAAAUGUGAUGAAAAGGUCGUGACAGUGAAACGGCUGUGUGUAAGCAAACUGCCGCCCGUUCUAGCAAUACAAUUGAAGCGUUUCGAAUAUGAUUACGAACGGGUGUGUGCUAUCAAGUAUAAUGACUAUUUCGAGUUCCCGAGGGUGUUAGAUAUGGAGCCAUACACGGUUUCUGGUCUUGCGAAGCUGGAGGGUGAAGUCAUCAACGUGGCGCCCAACCAGGAGGAUCAAGGUUCGACACGCUACCAGCUGACCGGCAUCGUCGUGCACAGUGGGCAAGCAUCCGGUGGCCAUUACUAUAGCUAUAUCCUUCACAAAAACUAUGCCACCGGCCAGAAGAAGUGGUACAAGUUUGACGACGGUGAGGUGACGGAGUGCAAGAUGGACGACGAUGAGGAGAUGAAGGCGCAGUGCUUCGGCGGUGACUACAUGGGCGAGGUGUACGACAACAAUCUGAAGCGGGUACAGUAUCGCCGGCAGAAGCGCUGGUGGAACGCGUACAUGCUGUUCUACACGCGCAACGACGUCUACUACGCGAAGCCGCCGAAAAAUGCAUUCUGGUGGCGUCUGGAUUACUUCUCACUGCCACCACAUAUCAGGGCCCAGGUGAAGCCGGACAUCGAGAGCCUUUCGUUGGCACAGAGCGAUAAUUACUACUUCCUCAUGGAGCCGAUCGUGGAGCGGUGCAUACGAAUACAAAACAUACGAUUCCUUCACUCACGGAUGCUUUUCUCGGUAGAGUUUUUCAACUUUAUGAAAAAACUGACAGAGUUUCCAAUCAAACCAAAGAAUAAGAUUCCAGUCUGGCUGCUCGUGAAAGGACAAGAGGAGGUGUGUCUGCUGAAGGUCCGAUUGGCCGCAAAGUUUCUGUUUCAUUCGGGCUUUAAGACGAAGAAAACGAUUCGCGGUCAGGUGAUGGAUUGGUAUGAAAUAUUCCGCGUGCCGCUCGAGGGAUCUGCCGUCAUACGGGAAUGGUUCGCACGGAACGUGCUGCUGGACCCGCCGGGCCGGCUGAGCGAGUAUCUGUUAGCCGCCCCUUUGCCCGAGAUUCGAUCGUGCUUCGCGAAGCUGGUCGUCUCCUUUUGUCACUACGCGGCCGAGGACGAGCCUGUGGCUGGCUUCGAGGGAAGCAGCUUGUGCGAACAGGUGCUGGUCGCCGUGCUCGCCUUGCUGAAAUCGGACGUGCCCGAGCACGGCAAACACUUGCCGCACUAUUUCAGUCUGUUCUCGAUGUACGCCGGAUUUGGCUACCGCGAGGAGUGUCAGCUCAUCAAGCUGAACGUACCGGUGCUGUUCAUGAAGGUCGCAAUGGACGAUGGUACGGGGCCAACGAUCAAGUAUCAGUAUCCGGAUCUGAGCAAGCUGCAUCACGUCGUGUCGCACCUGGUCCGAUCGAUGGACGUGUCGUCGCGCUGCCGAAGCGCCAUCAAUGGGUCGCCGGUGCUGCCAAACAAGUACAUAAAUGAGCACAUAACUCGCAAGAACGCGCUCAUACCAGUGCCCGAAGAGUGCAUCGAAUAUCUUUACAACCGUAGCGGCUACAUCAAGCGCCUGCUGGAGGAUGUGAACAUAGGCGAGGACGGGUUUAAACUGCUGCAGUACUGCUGCUGGGAGAAUCCGCAGUUCUCCAGCAACAUACUGAUGGAACUGCUGUUCCAGUGCGAUUACGUGUACUGGCACGAUAUGAAGCACUACACGGACCUGCUGCUGCACAUACUGCUGAUCGAAGACUCUUGGCAAGGCAUUCGCAUAAUGAAUGCACUGUUGGGCGUCGGUCACGACCGGGACGGACUGUUGGAGAUUAUUCGGCGGAGUAAGUUGAACUACCAGAAACGUGCCUACCAGUGCAUCAAAUGUAUGGUGCACCUGUUCUCGAAGAGCACCGUGGCGCUAAACAAACUACACACCGACGUGGCGCUGGCGAAACAGUGGACGCUGGCCAUCGAGUGGCUGCAGGAGGAGCUGGAGAAACAUCGCACCACGGGCAACAGCCAGUACAACUACAACUCGUGGUCCCCGCCGGCCCAAAGUAACGACAAUACCAAUGGGUUCCUGCUGGAAAAGUCACAGUCUGUACGAGAGAUUCUCCAGAUGGCGUUUGAUUUGUGUCCCGAGGAGAUUCAGGAACAGGAACCGGAAGCUCAUGUAGCGGCUGGCCAUGAUCCGACGGAAAUGCAUCCAACAGACGAUGUAAUGGAGAAGCUGGAAGAGAUGGAAAAGACGGCAUUACCGCCACCUGUAACGGCCAGCAGUCUGUCAUCCGGCACGGCAUUGACGACCAUCUACUCUCCGCAGAUGUCGACUCGAAGCGCCGAGCAAGCAUACGGCGAUGGUCAUAAUGGACCACCCGGCACCAUCGAUAGUGAUCAGGUCCGGCCCGGUUCGGCGGUGAAGCAACUAACUGUUGGGAUGUCCAGCGUUGAUAUUAGUUCCGACCACCCUUCGGUGGCAUCGACAGAACACACGACGUCGAAGGCGUCCACGGCGCCGGCAGUAGUAGGACCUAGUAGUAGUAGUAGUGCCACGACAUCACCUCAGUUGUCGCUUGUGAACGUAGCGCCAUCGGUAUCACCAUCGUCGUCCGUGGCCCUUUCGAGCCCCUCGGGUACAUUGAUGGCCAACAAGAAGGAUCGUUCCGGAAUUGGGCCCGGUGGCGACGGUGAACAAUCGGCUACCAGUUAGCACAACCAGGUGGACUGCUUGUGAAGCAUAUAACCCAAAAUGUGCAAUCAUUUUGGCCGCGUGAGAUGAUGGCAUAUCUACACCGUAACGUGUCAUACGCGACGUAGCAGGCAGGAUGCUGGAGUAGAUUGUCUUUCACAGACGCGAAGAGCUGAAGGGACACGUGAAUCGGAAAGCCGACUUGUGUAGCUGGAAGUUUUGAGGACACUUUGUGCUUCAAUUCAUUGAAUGGACGUGAACGCACGCGGGCGGUUGUGCGAAGCGGAACUAGGAGCUAAUUUGUAUCUGUUAGAAAUACUGAUAGCGGAAGGCUGGACAAGAAAAAAAAACAAAAAAACAGGAAUAGCUAAAAGAGUAACUCUAGCAGCAGGUUUGCAAGGACGAACGAUACACAUAACAUGCAGAAAAACUCAACGCUUCAACACACAUCAACACACACAUACACACAUAUACACACAACCAUGGUUUAACCUUUAAUAAUGAAUUGAAAUAUCCUUUGCACUGAAGUCGUUUGCAAGAAGGUGAAAAAAGGUUGACCAUUUUCAAGCAUUACGAGGGUUGCCUUUUAAGUUUCGGGAUUUGGAAAAACUGGUGAUGCAAUCUGUUAAUUAACAAUUUUAUCGUAAAGUUAGACGUUUUUGAGGUUAUCCGUACUCAGAACGUUUUGACAUACGAGCGCUAUUUGUGUUGUUAA